AUGAACUUAACUCUCUUACCAUCGGAGAUUUUGCGGUUUUUGAGUCCACAGACUAUUGGUAUUAUCGGCAAUGGUAGUGAAAUUAGCCGAUUAACUGCUGUGCAAGUUAUUCGACAUAUAAUUACUCCAGCAGUAUGUCUUAUUAGUAUGGGAGCUCUAAUUUUUACCCUUAUUCUACUGCAUCGCAAGAAAUUAGUGCGAAUAACCGCCUUGAUCUAUUUGAAAUGCAUGGGCUUUGUGGAUCUGCUAAGUCUCAUUUUUAUUUUUAUACUGUCUUUGGAUUAUUCGUCUAAAUCCUUCUUCAAAGCACAAAGAUUUUCACCAGCUUUGCAUGGAUGUCUUUUUGGAUUUCUUUUCACUUCAAAUUGGCUUAUGACAGCACAAGCAAUUGAAAGAACCAUUGCAAUAAGAAAACCCUUCAAAGCUAAGCAGAUACGAGAAAGGCAUCGAAGAAUUGUCGUUACUGUGAUCUUCAUUUUAUCAGUCCUAUUUACAAUCCCCACUCUGGCGCUAGACAUAAUGCAAACAGAGAGAUACCAAGAAGACUCGGGAGAUUUUCGUAAAGAUGAAGAGGCUUUUUUAGCUUUUUUUGAUGAAUUUGUAAGUAAAUUUUACCUCCGUCUUCAGGCAUGUAAGGUGUAA